ACAAUUUGCAACAGCCCAAAUUCAAAUUGUGCACGAAAGAAAGUCAGCAACAAAGAAGAACAAGAAAAGAAGAGGAAGAGUUGCCUUCAAAUCCAAAGCCUCUGCGGAGUUUUGACGCAGUGUCAUACUGCAGAGUGUAUUUAUUGAGCCAUAUCGGUAUCAGGAUUUGGGUACUGCAUGAAAACCUUGCAUUGGGAGAAGUUCCGCACAAGGAACAGGGCAUUAAUUAUGAAUUAAUUUUCCUUGAAAACCAUCGUCUUCUUCUCUAGUUUUACAAUUCCACUUUGAGUUGUUGACGAGCAUUUCCCUUUCAUGCAUCAUCUGUAACCCGUGUAUGGUUGAAGCAAGAUGGAGGAAAGAGUAGCAGACAAGACCGAGUUCACAGAAUGCUGGCAUAGGACAACUGAAUCACCUUAUAUCAUGCGCCUUGCUUUAUCUGCUGGCAUAGGAGGUCUUCUCUUUGGUUAUGAUACAGGAGUGAUUUCUGGGGCCUUGUUGUACAUCCGUGAUGAAUUUGAGCAAGUUGACAAGAAAACAUGGCUCCAAGAAACCAUUGUGAGUAUGGCAGUUGCAGGAUCUAUAAUUGGUGCCGCAUUUGGAGGGUGGAUGAAUGACAAGGUAGGGAGAAAGAGAUCUAUUUUGGUGGCUGAUGUUAUAUUCUUUAUUGGUGCUUUGGUUAUGGCUGCUGCUCCUGUUCCAUCGGUCAUCAUUCUGGGAAGAGUUUUAGUUGGGUUGGGAAUUGGAAUGGCAUCUGUCACCGCCCCUCUAUACAUCUCUGAAGCUUCCCCGGCCAAGAUCAGAGGUGCUCUAGUCAGUAUCAAUGGUUUUCUCAUCACUUCUGGCCAAUUUCUCUCUUACCUCAUCAAUUUGGCAUUCACCAAGGCUCCUGGAACCUGGCGUUGGAUGCUUGGGGUUGCAGGAGUUCCUGCUGCGAUACAGUUCAUGUUAGUGUUGUCCCUUCCCGAGUCUCCUAGAUGGCUCUACAGACAGAGCAAAGUGGAAGAGGCAAAGCACAUUCUGUCAAAAAUCUAUCGUCCGAGUGAAGUUGAAGAGGAAAUGAGAGCCAUGGAAGAAUCAGUUAAAAGUGCGAGGGAAGAGGAAGGGUUGAUCGGGCACAGUGUAGUACAGAAAGUGAAAAAUGCCUUAGGUAAUGAUGUUGUUCGAAGAGCACUGUAUGCUGGGAUCACUGUCCAAGUGGCUCAGCAGUUUGUUGGCAUCAAUACCGUCAUGUAUUACAGCCCAACCAUCGUUCAGUUUGCUGGAAUCGCCUCCAACUCCACAGCUCUUGCACUUUCUCUCGUUACCUCUGGUUUGAACGCUGUUGGCUCUGUCGUCAGCAUGCUCUUCAUCGACAGAUUUGGAAGGAGAAAGUUGAUGCUUUUAUCCAUGAUUGGCAUCAUAGUUUGCCUCGUAAUUUUAAGUGCCACAUUCAAUUUAGCAGCACACCAUGCUCCUGCCAUUAGUAACCAGGACACCGUUAGCUUUGGUGCUAACUUUACAUGCCAGCCUUACACAAAGGCCCCAAAUUUCUCCUCCUGGAACUGCAUGCAAUGCUUGCAUGUGGGCUGUGCCUUCUGUGCUAGCACCGAGAAUGAUGUUCUUCCUGGAGCAUGCUUGGCAGCGGAAAAGAGAAUCAGAGGCAUGUGUCGUGCACAAAAUCGUGUAUGGUUUUCUGAAGGUUGUCCAAGCAAAAUUGGAAUUGUUGCAGUUGUAAUACUUGGACUGUAUAUAAUAGUGUACUCUCCGGGGAUGGGAACCGUGCCUUGGGUUCUGAACUCUGAGAUUUACCCAUUGAGGUUCAGAGGUCUUGGAGGGGGUAUAGCAGCAGUUUGCAACUUUUGUGCCAGUUUGAUUGUGAGUCAGUCAUUCUUAAGCCUCACACAAGCUUUAGGCACUUCUGCAACGUUCCUCCUAUUUGCAGGUUUCUCCCUCGUGGGUCUUGGGGCCAUCUAUGCACUGGUGCCUGAAACCAAAGGCCUUCAGUUCGAGGAGGUUCAGAAGUUGCUCCAGAAUGGCUUCAAACCUUUCCCAUUUAACAGAAAAAAGGAGGAUAACCAAGGGAAAGGACGAGCCUCGGCCUAGUCAUAACUAGUGCUCAUCUUGUUAAAGUACAUAAGUAGUUGUACUUAGGAUUCUUUAGAAUAAUCAUGUGGAUGAAAUGGAAUCUAUAAAUAUCCAUAUAGAACAACAUUUGACUUGUACAACACAAGAUAAACUACCAAAUAUCCUUCUUCUAA